GGGGCUCUGGAUAUGGUUAGGUUGAAUAAGUAUUCCAAGAACCCACAUGGAAUUUGCCAUCUGGGGCAGAGAACUUUGAUGCAUGAGUGAUGAAAAAACUGCUCCCCAGGGACUAUUGUGAUCUCCCAGACAGUAUACGACAACGAAGUAGUAAGUGCCUCUUGUCUUGUGUAAUGUGAACAUAAAUAUUCAGACCGUUUGUUGGGCACAGUGCUCCAUCUUGGGUCAGCAUCAUCAAAGGCUUAAGCUUUAGGUCCAUGGCCCAAAAUGACUCUACCACUGGAGACUCUCUUCAGUAAAGAAGACAACCAGACAGGAGGCUGGGAUGAGCAUGCCACUGCAUCAGAUCUCUGCCAUUCCAACCCAGGAUGCCACCUCUGCUAGAGUCUACAGAAGUAAGACCAAAGAAAAGGAGAGGGAAGAGCAGAAUGAGAAGACUUUGGGACAUUCCAUGAGUCAUUCAAGUAACAUUUCUAAGGCUGGGGGUUCUUCGUUGGCGUCGGCUCCGGUGUCCGCCUUCCCUCGCUCUUCUGUCACACCGUCCAAUCAGGACAUCUGCAGUUCCAGUGCAGUGUGUUCUGAGUGUUGUCACCAAAGUCCCGUGCAGUCUGCUGUUGUCUUGAAAGCUCCUCCCUGCCAGAGUUCUCUGACACAAGGGCUCACUGUGACAGUUAUCUGUAAAGACACAUUGUCCAAGAGAAAUUCCUGUGGUUCAGAAUGGGCCCAGGCCUUGAAGCCUGUUGACAAUACUAAAGCCAGAAGAACACUAAAGUUCUCAAAAUCCUUAAACGAUGUGGGCGAGAGGGCCCAGGAUACUGUGGAAAGUUUUGACUAUGUGGAAAGAACUUGCUCCGAAGGGAAACUGAUACUCCCUCCAGAUCCGGGUCUGAGAAUUAACAGGUUCCACCAGAAGGAAAAAAGAGCACUGCAUCGCAAACCUCUUGGCAAUUCCAAACAUUCUUGUGUUUCCUCCCUUUCUGUCAAUCGGUCAACUGCCUCAGAGGUGGAAGCUGGCAAGGGGGGCAUGCAUGUCCCUCUUUUGGAGGAGAAAGCAGAUGGCGAAGCCGUGUCCCAGAGCCGGCGACUGCUCCGGUACCUGUUCUCGCUCUCGCAUGGCUUGAGCACCCACAGCCUGCACAGGUUCCAUGAGCUGGAGAACCGUGCCGCCCGUCUGCACACCGCCAAGUCCUCCAGCGGGCUGGCAGGGAGCACGGGCUUCUGCUCGGAUGAGAUGGGAGACGACGAUGUCUUCGAGGACAGCACAUCUGCAAAGUGGAAAAGCAAGGUCCUGCGGGCGCCCCUCUGCUCAGGGGAGAAGGACAGUGACCUGGAUUGUCCUUCUCCCCCCUCUGAAAAAUGCCCCCCGAUCUCUCCUGUGUCCACGUCAGGGGAUGCCUGCAGGAUCUGCCACUGUGAAGGGGAUGACGAGAGCCCUCUGAUCACCCCCUGCCGCUGCACCGGGAGCCUGCACUUCGUGCACCAGACCUGCCUGCAGCAGUGGAUCAAGAGCUCCGACACGCGCUGCUGUGAGCUCUGCAAGUACGAGUUCAUCAUGGAGGUCAAGCUGAAGCCUUUGCGAAAAUGGGAGAAGUUGCAGAUGACGGCCAGUGAGCGCAGGAAGAUCAUGUGCUCAGUGACAUUCCAUGUCAUCGCCAUCACCUGUGUGGUCUGGUCCUUGUAUGUGCUCAUCGACCGUACCACUGAGGAGAUCAAACACGGACAGGCAACAGGAAUCCUGGAGUGGCCUUUUUGGACUAAACUGGUGGUUGUGGCCAUCGGCUUUACCGGCGGACUUCUUUUUAUGUACGUUCAGUGCAAAGUGUAUGUACAAUUAUGGAAGAGACUCAAGGCUUAUAACAGAGUAAUCUAUGUUCAGAACUGUCCAGAAACAAGCAAAAAGAAUAUUUUUGAAAAAUCUGCACUAACAGAACCCAACUUUGAAAAUAAAGAUGGACAUGGAAUCUGUCAUUCUGACACAAACUCUUCUUGUUGGACAGAACCUGAAGACACUGGAACAGAAAUCGUUCAUGUCUGAUUUUGUGCUGGGGUUAGUUUUCCUGGACAUCGAAGAACAGCUGAAGGAAAUUGUUUACUGCCAA